UAUUUGUUAUAAUUAUUUAUUUAUUAAACAUAAAGAAGUUCGAAUUACAUAAGCGACUUAGUACGUUUACAGUUAAAUUUGGCGGCUAACUCCAGUGCAGUGUUAAAUUGUCGCAUAAAUUUUGGAAUUAUUAGUGAACAUGUAAUACUUCUUAUCUCUUUAAAUUCCAAAUUUGAACAAUUUUUAUUGGUCGUUUAACAAUGAAAUCGAAAUCAAAUAAAAAAAAGCGAUACAAUACGAAGGCAGUGUUACCAAUAUUAAUGAAGAAAAUUCACUAACGCGUAAUUGUAAUAUAAAGACACAAGUGAUCACAAACAGAAUAAAUUUCUAUUAUUUGUAAAUAUGGUAAAAUAAAUAAAGAAAUAGGUUGGAUAUUUAAGCUGGACGUAUUGUGAGCGAUACACAUCAAACAAAAUGGACGAAUAUGAUAAGAAAUUUGCUGAGAUGCAAAAGUACAUUCCGUUUUUGGAAGCGAUGAUAGAGCGACUGCAAAACGUUAAGGACAAAUCGCGAGAAGUACAACUGCAGAAAAUGCAAAGUCUACAUGGGAUCCUAUCGAAUAGCAAGAGGAAGCUGAAGAUUGAGACGUUGCAGCGAUGUGAAGACGUUCUACAGAAGUUACACAACAAAGUAGAAAAGUUUCAGGGAAAUACGCCCGGAUUGCAUUUUCCGCACAAGAAAAGCGAAUCUAGUUCCGCACAAUGUUCAAAUACGCUUGAAGAUGUAAAGCCUCAUACAGAAGAUGUAAUGGAAGACCGAGAGAUCCACGAGACGCCAGCCAGUCCAACUCCUCCGGUUAGUCCGGACUCGGGUUCUCAAGUAGCGCCGAUAAUAAUUCCUACUGAACGCAGUCUAGAUUUCGAUGACAAAUCUGACAGCAAACCAGCCUCUCCCGACCCCAUAGAAACUUUACCAACCAAAGCUCCCAUCAUCAUACCUACAGAGAGGACGAGUAACGAUGUACCUUCCUCGCCACAGUGUUUGUCUAAAAACGGGGAUAAUGUGUCGUUCGUCGAAUGGGAUAUGCUCGAGGAGAACGAAAAUCACAUCUCGAGGAACAAAAAUUGGCAGACGAUUAUUACUUCUAGCCACGAUGGUGUUACUGUAACCAAAAUGGUUGAAAGUAAUCUGUCUCCAAAGGUGAACGAUGGCAGAUCUCACAUAUCGAUGCACCCGUCUCGACAAAUACAAACCGUGCCAGUCCCCUCUCUGGGCGGUUCCAGAAGAUUGUCGUCGGUGUUAGAAAAGAAUCGAAUGAUGGGAGCAAACAUGGAUCAGGUUUCGUCAGAAUCUAGCCCUGAAUCAGCUGUUAAUAUGCCUGAUGCACAGUUGAAGUCACCAGAUUUGGAGAUUUUGUUCCCAAAACUUUGUAAGAACACUCCACUUCGGUCAAAGGAAAUUUCAAGGCCUGGUUCCAAACCAUCAGCACCAUUGUUGCUCUCACCACCUCCCGUUUCUACAGAACCGCCAUUGUCCAUGGAAGAUCUGGCUGAGUUGUUGAACGAGGAAGAUGACAGCAAGAUGGAAAAGAAGGGUGAUGGAUUAAGAGAGGAUUCAGAUAAAUUCAAGAAGGAUAAACAGGAACUAGGUGGGAAUGUUAAGGAUCCAAAGGCAUCUAAAUCAUUUCUGCUAACACAAGAGGAUAUUGAUAGCGAGAGUGAGAGACGUUGGGAAGAGAUAGACAAGCAUAUAGUUAAGUUAACCAGUAGGAAAUGUCUACCCAGUGGCUCAAAAGUUGACCCUCUCAAGUCUGGUGAAAUUAAAGGAUCACCUCAAGGUAGUUUAGGUCAUGGUUCUAAUUCGUUUAUGACGACUACGUCUGUCGACAACAGAAAUGUACCAUCUUCACCUAGUUCCAAGACAGAGCCUCGUUUUGCGGAUAACUACGAGCGCCAUCCUCGCCAGUUGCGUGACAACCAGGGCCAUGAUAUAGACAAACCUAACGUGCACACCAUACACUGUCGAUCCGACGACGAUAUGUCCAAUCAGAUACAUCAUGGCGGUUCGGCCAAGCCGGAUGACAGAAACACUGUGUUGUAUCAGAGACGUCAGGGAAACAUUGCGUCUGAGAUUGUGCCACCUAGGAUAGACACCGAGUUCAGAAUGGAAGGACCCGAGUACUUCAAUAGACAAGUAACGAACCAAGGCCAUUGGCCUUCCAUGCACCCACCCGUAAAUACGAAUGAUUAUUGCAGCAACCAGUGGCCAUCGUCUUCCAAUUUUAGCGGUAUGCCUAGUUCUCCUGCUCAAACGUAUCCACAUCCAAUAAGUAUGCCACACCAAGAGAUGUGGAACGUAGGUGCCAAUAGAGAGUCCAUUCAUAUGGAUCCUCAUCAAAUGAACGAAGGCCAGAUAAGGCCUAACCAGUUCCCCCCAAACAUGAACACUGGUAUUAGACCUCUAAUGAGUCCCAAUACAAGAUCUCAGGAUAUGAAUCAUAUUCCACGAUCAGACGAUAUACCCAAUGUGGAUGUACCUAAUGUACCUACCUUACAGCCUUUAAUAUCACCUACGAGGUUCCCUGUUGGGUCACAGUACAGGAACUUUCAGGGAGAAAAUAGGUCUUAUGAGCCGCCUUUUGAUAGAGGAAUGGAAUAUCCUCACCAGAGGCAACCAUGGGAUUCUCCCAUUAACCGACCAAAUGAUGUACCAUAUAGACCAGAGAACGAAGUUCCUUGUGGUGUAAUGGGGCCUACAGAAGGUCCUUCAGGAUCGUAUCCGAGGCCCAGCACUCCCUGUCCUUGGAACAGAGACAGGGACCGCAAUGGUAGAGGGCGUAACACGUAUUACAAUGAAAGAAAUAGAGGAGAAUCUAGAAAUAAUUUCAAUCGUGACACUCGUAGGUCUGGUCCUAGAGACAAUCAUAGUGAGCGGGAUAACGGUAAUAGGUUCGGCAGGGACGCUAGAAACAUAUCUGACCGCGAUCCAAGAGUACGUAUGGAGCACAAUGUAAAUAAUCAAGGCUCCAACCAGUCGAGGGAUAAUAGUACCUCGGUGAGGGAUCCUCGGUUGGCUAAGGAUAAACAUUUCCCAUCUCACAAAGGUAAAGAUAGUAGUUUCAAUGAGAGGGAUCCCAGAAAACGUUCGACGGGAUCAGCGACUGCAACAUCAAUGUUCAGGAAGAUCAAGGAAAAACCCAAAUCUCCUCCAAAGCCAAUUGAUAGCCAUAAACGCGUGGACACGGAAAAUAGUACUAAACAUACACAAGAGAAAACAACUAAAGACAAGAUGCAGUCACCUUUGGAGAGUUUAUACGGAGUUAUCGACACAAAGGCAAAGUCUGCACAAGGCUAUUGUUUACAAAAUUUUAAGAUUCCUAAAAUAAAACGUAGCGAGUCAUCAGAGUCGCCCACGUCGAGUCACAUUUCUGAGGAAAUUAAAGAGUGUCCUUUGGAAAAACAGGAUAAAGCAAGUAAAGCUGUUAAAAAAGACAAGGAAGACGCAACUGUGGAAGUGAGCAGUAGCAGCGAUAAGAGUGUUUCCCCUGAAAAUUUAAAUGUAAUAAAAUUGGAAAGUAAUAUAGUCACUAAUAAAAAAGAGGAAUUGAAAGAAGAUAACAGUUUUAGGGAGACUCCUGUAGAAGAGAAUAGGAAUGUCAAUAUUUCUGAAUUAGAUUUUAUCAGUACUACCUCCACCAAAUCACCUGAUAAUAUUGAGAAAUCUAAGAAAGAGGAAAUAGAAGGAUCCAAGUCAAAAGGCGAAAUGACUCAGGAAUGGAUAGAAGCUCUAAUUAGAAAAUCGUUUGAAUUUGGUGAGGGAAAGAAAUUCGUCGAACACGCGAAAUUCAUGCAAAAGCUGGGAGAAGUAUUGCAGGCAAAGAAGUUGAAGAAGAUCAAAAGGAUCAUUGAAUCAGAAUCAGAGAGUAGCAGUUCGGAUAAAGAUGAUACUCCUGAGACGAAGAAAGUUCAGACGAGGAAGAAGCGACGAGUAAUUUUUUCGGAUAGUUCCGAUGAAGAGUCUCUUGCUGAAAGGCUUGGUAUUCUAGAAACGGCGGACAAAGAAUUGAUUAAAGAUACAUCAAUGGAUAACCAGGAAGAAAAGACAAAUACAAAUAUUGCGAAAGUAACUCCUAAUAUUGAAUCUUUAGAUCUUUUGAAAAAAGGAUCAGAUCCUAAAAAUGCUACCACUAAAGAAGAGAUUGCACGUGUAGAAACACAAAACGUUGCUGAAGAGAAGAAGGAGUCAAAUGAAGAUGAAAUAAAUAUAAACAAGGAGAAAAGUGUUCCAGAAACACCUAAAGAGAUCACCAAGGAUGAAUUGGCUGAAGAUAAAGAGGUUGUUUCAAAGGUACCAAAAGCCAAAGCAAAGAGGAGGAACUCCCUGGAGAUGUUGCAAGAAGAUAUUAGGGAAAUGUUCAUCAGUGAUGAUGUUGUGGCAGCAACUGGUUAUCGAUUAUGUAGAACGCAAAAAGAAAAUCAAAAUAAUGCAGGCACGAGUACUUCCAAUCAAAGUACUACGAGCAUAAAGAAGGACGAAUUGAAUAAAUGUGAUUUGGAUGUAGAUUCUGAUGUAGAAGACACUGUGGUUUCGUCCAAGCAAAAGAAAUCUAUAAAAUCACGUGUUUCUGAUGAAUUAAGUAAGUCUAAAGGUAAAUCAAAGAAAGAGGUGCAAAGAAUCACUAGACAACAUUCAAAACAAUAUAAUCAAAGUUCAGAUAGUGAAGAGGAUCAACCAUUGGCGCUGAGAACAGAGCUAAUUCAAAAUUCUAGUUCAUUGUCUAAUCAAGAAACAUCUAAUGAAGAUUCUGAGGUACUAAGGCGAAGCAAACGUAUUAAUAAGGAAACGAUAAAAGAACCACGAGUCGUAGUUGAGAAGACAAACAUUUCUAAAUUGGAAUGUUCUAAAGUGAUGUUCGAUAGCUCAUCUGAUGAGAGUUUUGGAAUAGAUGUGUCUGAACUGGCUGCAGCUGUGGACAUUUCAAUUCAUCCCGAUAAGCAGUCUGAAUCUGAGGCAGUAGAACAAACAGAGAAGAAGAAGAAUGUUCAAACAUCUUCUAAAAAGUCUACAAGGAAGAAAGGAAACGAACUGCUGAAUGAAAGUAAAGAUGAUGUUCAAUUUACUGAUGAAGAAAGUAUUACAUCUGAUAUUUCUAUGUCAAGUAGCAUAACUUCUAGCAAAAAGGCAGGCGUUAUUUCAACUACAAUGGAUACUAGUGGUAAUGAGAAGUUAUUGAGUAACAUUUUAGUGGGGUUAGCACCAGUAAAGAAUGAUGCAGAUAAGGACUCAUCAAUAGUGGACAAAGAAAGCGAUGCAGACGUCGAUGAUGAUGUUAGCGAUCAAUUACCGGCUGAAUCAAGCAUGAAGAAGUCUUCAGCGAAGAAGAAGAAAAAAAAGUGUAAUUGGCAGAUGGGUAUUUUGUCCAAAAAGAAAAGGAAGAAGACUCUUACAGCUUCAUCUUCCAAGGGCGACUGUGAGCUUAAUGCUAGCUCUGAAAUAGAUAUUUCUAACAAAGGAGAUACUAUUUUAGAAAAUACAACAAGCAGAGACAGUAGUUCACCCAAUAAUACAAAGCAAAAUAUUCCAAAGAAGUUUAAGAAUGAUGUUAAAGAUACUAAUUCUAGUGAGAUUCUUCAAGAUAAUUCAAAAGACAAGAAAGAAGAGGUAUCCAUAAUAACAUCUGACCCUACAGAGAAGAAAAAAUCUUCUUUAAGUAAAGUUUGUCCUAAUGAACAGUUAUUGGAAAAAGAUAACGAACAAACCAACCGUAACGUUGAAAAGACCGUCGUUAAGAAUAAAACUGAUCUAGAUAGAUCUUUUUCUGAGUUAGAUGUAAAAAAAUUAAUUGAUUAUGUUUGGACAGGACAAGAAAAGUACAAUUGUUUGCUCUGUGUGUUCACUGGUAAAAAUAUUGUUCACCAUUACAAAUUAAGCCAUCCUGGAAAGGAAAUUCUGAUUUCCAGAUUGAAACAGUCGGAUGCUCUAUUAGCUAUUCAAAAUGCGAAUGACAAUAAUGUAGAAAAUUCAUCAAUGGAACCUCUUACAGAGGAAAUCUGUAAAUUUCGUUGCAGGUUUUGCUUUUUGUUUAGUGAAGGAGCUGCCAAGGUUGCAAUGGAAGCAUUUUAUGAACAUUGUACUACUCACACAGGAGAAUACAGGUUUCGAUGCAAUAGUUGUCCUUAUCAAACUGUAGCUAAAUCCUCUAUGAGAACUCAUUAUUAUAAAGUAUGUCGCAAAUUCAAAGAUACUUUUGUUGAAGCCAUAACUGAAGAUGAAAUACCUGCUGAAAAUCGCAUUUAUGGUUAUUUAUGCUCAUGUUGUAAUUUCGUUCAAUUAAAGAAGUCCAAUGUGGAGGUACAUGUUAAUCUAUGGCAUAAGGACGAUUUGAAUGUUAAAAUUGUUAAGAUAAACAUGUCCUUAGAUGUAGUUGAAAAAGAAUUUGAUGAACAAGUUGAUGUACCAGAGAAAAAGAUAAAGCUAGAAAUAACCCAGACAAAUUCAAAGAAAGGAUCAGUAAAUGAAGUAGCAAAACUGAUUGAACAGAAUGACGAUGAUAUCACUGAAAUAGAAGCGAUAAAGAAGGAUAAAAUGUCUGAUGACGGGGAUAAGAAAAUAAAAGAUGUACCUGAAGUUAAACAUCAAGAAGAGAAUCAUUCUGAACCACGAGUUACUACUGAUGACGAAAACAAGAAAUCACCACAAAUGGAUAUGGAUUCCAAUUUACCAUCAGGAAAUCUGAAUGUAUUCGUUUGUCCACCAGAGUUGGAAAAAAAGGAAGUAGAAAUUCAGCUCGAGCGUAAAAAGAAAAUGCAAGAAAUUAUUCAAAAUAUUGGCAUUAAAUUACAAAGAGAUGCAUCUAAAAAAGGUUUGUCCAUUAUAGAUAAAUUGAAGGAUAAAAUGAAGACUGAUUUAACAGCAGCAAAUAACGAAACUGAUCCAAAUGUAGUAUCAAAUUCUUCAGAUAAAAGUCCAAUUAAUAUUAUGACUUCACCAACUUCAUCAAUGCCACCUGUCAAUCAAAGUAAUACCACUGAAUUACCUUGUAACUCUGAAAUUCUUUCACUGGUAGAUUCAGAGAAAAACCUAUCAUUGACUGAAGGAACUUCAAAUGAUAAACAACUUGAGGAUAGUACUUCACAAAAACAAUCAUUUGGCACAAAAUGUAAUUCAAAGUCUACAUCUGAAACAAAUCUAACAAAUUCAAUGGCCAAGGUUCCAUUGGCAAUAUUGGAUACAAAGAAGAAUGAAGAAAGCGACGCAGAAACUAGUGAUAAUGAAAAUAUGAGGCAUAGUGCUCCUAUUUAUGACUCUGAUUCUAGUAGCGAACAAUCAGAUAGUGAACUGCCUACUGAUGUUAAUAUGAUCUUGAAGGAAACUUCAAGUAUGAAUGCAUCUUGUAAAGAUCCAAUGUUUACCACUAUACAGAGACUUGCUGCUCAACUUCAAGCUACAAAACAAGAUGAAACUUCUUCUAAACCUGAAGACUCUAAAAGAGCGUUUCCUUUUGGGUCUAUUCCCAAACCACCAGAUGUCGUUCCUAUAUCUAGUAUUAAAAAAUUUGUCGGGAAAAAGGAAAGUAGAUUCCACGAAAUAUCGCAUAAUUCGCUUGACGAUAGUAAUCCACCUAAGAACUUGAUCCGUUUGAGACGUCUAAGUGGAGAUAUGUUGUCGGUACCCAUGCAGCUUUUAGACGUCCAAGAAAAUCUAUCUCUAAUAAAGAAUGAUGCGAGUCAAUCCAGUACUUCAGAUACAAUGGAUUCCAUGUUGAAAUCAGAUGUUGAAGAAGAGUGUUCAUUCUUGAAAAUCGAAAAUGUAGUUAGUCUUGCACCAAGAGCUGAUGGCGCCGAAAGUCCCAUUAUAAAUGAUAUAAGAAAAGCAGUUGAAACUGUCCCCAAAGAUAGUCCCAUAAAAAGCAAGGGGGUAUCUUUACUGAAAAAGUCUAAUUCACCUCUAAUUUUAAAGAGAUUUAAUGCUGUAUCUAUUACGCAGACAUUAACGAGGAAUAUACAGACAGUGCAAUCCGCACCAGAAACAGUAAAACUAAUUCCAGUGAAGAGUCUAUCCCCUUCUCCAGUUGUAACCACCACACAGCUUACCUCCAAUUUCAUUCCAAUUGCUCCAAAAUCAACAAUUAUUCAAAUAGAUAGUAAAUUGCCUUUAGUGACUUCGUCGCAAUCGUCGCAGAAUUUGAAUUACAAAAUCGUCAAACUUGUUCGAACGCCAGCUCUAAUAAAACCAAAAGAACCUUUAGCCACAGUCCCGGCAGCUAAAUUAAAAUCCGCGGAUGCAUACAAAGCGAUGUUGAAGGCUACUAAAUUGAUUCAUUUGUACAAGUGCAUGGCACGUGAUUGCCGCUUUAGCACUGAUGUAUUAUCUACAUAUCAUCAGCACUAUCUUCAACACGUAAAUCAAAACACAAUGAAGCCACCGCCAUUUGAUUAUCAGAAAUGCGCCUAUUGUUACAUGAUAUUGGAGGAUUGGAAUCAAAUGAAAACGCAUAUCGAUGAAAAACACGCGUAUUGCCGUUACCAGUGCAUGUACUGUUUUUAUAGAGCUAUUGUACCUUCUUACGUGCAAAUACAUCAGAUAAUGACUCAUCCUAGAAAUCGUGGUCUCCUACUUGGUAAUCCUAUAAAAGAGAUACCAUCAAAAGAAGAAAUUAAUCGACACGACACCAUAUAUCCUUACGUGUGCCAACAUGAUUGCGGGAAGUUCUUCUUUGUUCCUGAAUCUUUUAUAGCGCACUUGAAAAAUAAACAUGGAACGCUUCCUUCUGGCUAUAAGUGUCACGUGUGUCGUACUACUUGCAUGAAAAUCGAUCAAUUAAUGACGCAUUAUAGAAUGCAUGGGUUUUACAAGUUUCAAUGUCUGUAUUGUUUGAAUGGCUCGGACCAUUUGAGCGAACUGCAUAAUCAUUUGAGCACGUUUCAUUGCAAUCGAUUACCACAGGUUCUUGAACGAACUCUUCCUCUUCAGCCAAUACGAAACAAAGACGUGAUGGAGCAAUUAAUUAUAAGAACAUUGGAUGACGCUUUGAAAAUCACAGAAGAAGUGAUUGACCUGGAGAACGAAGGCGAGCACAAUAAAGAAGCUGAUACAGACAUUGUUAACACGUCUUCGUCUCACGCUACAGUUUUUCCUCAAGUAUCUAAUGAUGUAAAUUUGUUGAACAAGGACGAAAACGAGGCGUUAAAUAAAUCCUUUUCGAGGUUAUUUGGAAAUGCCACUAAUUCAAAUAACUCUCUCAGUCCUAAAACCUCACAACAUGAAAAAUCAUUAAAUGAGAGUUCCGACGAUAGUGCAGUGAGCAAGAUAUUCGAAAGUUGUUUAAUGAAUGAUUCAGACGUUUUGGCAACUCAGGUUUCGAAUGGAGAAUCCACAGACAAAAGUUUAUUAGAUAAACCUAAAAAGACCAAUAUUCUGGCUGACAAAAGCUCUGUAGAGCCAACAGAAACUUCCAAAGAAACUUUUGAUUGCAGCGACGAAUUUAUAAAUAUCAAUUUACUGGAUAACCCUGAUUUCCUGAAAAAAGUCAAUCAUUCUAUUAAUAUAUCUCACAUGAAUACUUCAUCUGCUACGGAAUGUAAAAUGGAAGAUAGCGACAUUGAAAUUGUAGAUAUCGACGAUACGGAAGUUAUUCCAGUAAAAAAUAUAAAAUCCGAAUCGAACAAAAAGGAUAACAUUGACGUAAGUGAGAUACAAAAUAUAACUCCAAAAAAGGAUAUAAAAGAACAAUCUUCCAGUGAUAUCGGAGAUUCAAUUGCAUCUUGCGAUGCUAAGGAAGAUUCCACCACGAAAACAGAUAAACCUUUAACUCUAGAUGAUAUUAAAGACACUGGUUUCUCAGGGACACAGUUAUACAAGUGCGGCUAUGAAACAUGCGAUUAUAGCUCACAAACUGCUCUUCAGUUAAAGACGCAUCUAAAAGAAUGUUCUUUGGGGAGCGAGAAUAAAAUCUUGACCUGUGCUCAUUGCAGUAAACAUUUCUUGAAAGUUGGAUUUUUAUUAGAGCAUAUAAAAUCACAUGGACUAAAACGAUUUGGUUGUUCAUUGUGCAAAAUGAGAUGUACAGUGGGUUAUCAAGCAAUGGCGCAUAUGAAGGUGAAACAUAAAUGUGCAUAUAGUAAAUUAGUUCCGGCUGAUCCAAAAAAUCCAUCCGUUGAUGGGUUGUUCAUCGUACAACCUAUUCGUUACAAUGGAGAUCGUAAAAGAAAGAAGCGUAAAAAUAAUACAAAGUCAAGUGAAAAAGGCGCUGAGAAGGCUACAACAGACACUGAGAAAUUCAGUUUCAGUCCUGAUGAAAUAGAUUCUUUACCGCUUCAAGCGAUCUACAACCGUGUAGUGCAAUGUGCAGUGUGUCCAUACACGACGAAAGUGCGUACAAACAUCAUCAGACACUUGCGAUUGCAUGCAAAAGACGAAAGCGUGCCAGAAAGUGGUCCCGUUAAUCCUGUGCCUUGCUUGGAUAAGAAGGAACGAAUGUUUGAUAAAAUGGUCAACUUAGCAAGUAGUUCUCAUCAAAAUGGUCGGAUGGGAGGGAAAUCUAAGGAGACUAACAAAAAUAACGAAGAUGAGUUCAUCCCGAAAUUUGUACCGGAGCAUAAGAGAUACGUGUGUGGUGUAGCUGAAUGCAAUUAUUUAACGGUCGAUGAGGCGAUGUUACGAUGUCAUUUAAAGGCUUUGCAUUCCGAGGAACAAUAUUUCCGGUGCCCUCAUUGUCCACAACCACCACCAGGUCAAGAAGGAUUAAAUAUAGCAAUUGAUAAAAUGACCGUUCAUCUAAAAAUGCACGAUACCAGACUUUAUAAAUGUUCUCACUGCAACCAUCAUCAUUAUCAUAGACACGUUGUGGAGAGACAUCUUUCUGACAAACAUCCCGAGAAAAGACCUUUUGUGAAAGUAAUUAGAGAGUUGGAAAACACAGAGAACAGUCAACAAUCCAUACAAGAAGAAGUCAAAGAGGAAGUACCAGAUCCGGAUGGAAAUCAUUGGAAAUGUAACUUUUGCGACUAUAAGUGUGUGUAUAAAGCGGAAAUGGCUAAUCAUACAUCUGUGACGCAUGAUGAGAAAAGUCAAUACAAAUGUAACUCGUGUUCCUUUAAAACAAAUGCGAAAAUCAUGUUAGAACAACAUAUUAAUAGCAAGCACCCUAAGGAUUUAAAUGUUGAUUAUAUUUUAAUGUAUCAACGAAUAAAAGGGGUGAAUAAGAAAAAUACAGAUAACAUAGAGCAGAUUGGACAAGAAGAACCUUUUGAUACUACUCCACUUUGGAGAAGAGACAUGCCUCGAAUUAGACACAUUCGCGGAAUCCUUCUUGAAGAAGAAGACGAAAUGUCCACUGAAUCUUCUUUAAAGUUAGGAAAACGAAAGAGUGACACAGACUUAGUCACUAAACCGGCUAAAAUAAAGUCGGGGAAAUCUAAUUCAUUAGAUGACACCAAGCAAACAAAAGAAAAAUCUAAGCGGUCAUUGUCUUGUGACAAAGUAUCGACAGAAGUGGAACCUGCGACUAGUACGUCGAAUACAACAGAAAAAGCUACGGAAACAAAAUCUAAAUCAAUUGAAGACAACGAUUUCAGUGAAUCGGAUAUCGGAAGAUUUGGUCCUUAUGGGAAAGCAGAUGGUAAUAUGUAUGUCUGUACUUUGUGUACGCAGUUUAAGACGAAAUAUAAGCAUGAUAUGAGGGAUCAUCUUUACAGAGAAUUGAAUUACGCAAGAUGGCACUGUAAGGAAUGUGGAUAUUUGUCUGUAAACCGUAAUGCCUUGUUAAAGCAUUUUAAUAAACACCAUAAUGGGGAACGUCAUAACCACGAACCAUUAUCUCCAGACGAUGAUAUCGAAGAAUGGGUUAGCACAUUAUUGAAGAGACAAACACUGAUGAUGAAAGGACUAUCAGCCAAGGAACAUGCAAAUGACGCAGAAUGUUCUGCAACUACAAGCAUAGCUGGAAAUAAUUCAAAACCAUCUUCUGCUAAAACUACCCAAAAUACCAUAAACAAAACCCCUAAAACUGGAAAUAAUGUUAGCAAGCCUGAUAACAAGCAAAGUAACAAAGAACAAACUCCAGAAAACACCAUAAAAGUGCAGGCUGAGGAUAAGAAAGAUGAUCCAGUUCCCAUUACCGAUGUAAGCACUGAGAGUGGAUCCCCAAAGAAGAAACCUGGGAAAAUUACUGAUAUAGAGAAAGACAAGCCAGAUGAAGAGGAAGAGAAGCCAUUCACCUGCAAACAUUGCAAUAUGACAUUCUUCGGACGGCGUGGCUUCAAACUGCAUGUACAAUUGAUACACUUAAAACGACUUGGAUUUAUCUGUCCUUACUGCGAUCGUAGCACGAACUCAGAGGGUUUAAUGCAAAAACAUAUUCGUUCUAAGCAUCCCGGUCGUCCCGAGAAAAUAGUUGAAAAUCCGGCAGCUGGUGGACCAGAAUUGCCGGAAGAAUUUUGGCGGCAGGAAUACGGAAUCGACUUUCCGAAGAAGAAAAGAAAACGAAAGACACAAAUAUGUGGAAGAGAAGUCACGGAAAAACCUGAUGAUUUCAAUAUUGAACCGCAAGAAAAGUGCAACUUGUGCAACUUUACCGCUAUGAAUACGACUGGCCUCAAAAUACACAUGAGGAUACAUACGACUAAACAUACAGUGAAAUGUUUUUAUUGUAGUUUCACUGCAGCGACAAAGUUGGAAAUCUGGGAACAUUUGGAUGUCAAUCAUCCGUUUUCGCCAUUUAAAGUCGAAGACAUAUCACCACCUGAAUCGUCUAGCGAAUCUACAGAGAUGGAGCUUGAUAAAAGGACUACUAUCACUGAGGAUUACAACAACGAUAUAGAGGAGGAACAGGUUUCUGACACGAGAGAGGAUGAAUCGAUUUACUAUUGCCAUUAUUGUCCCUUCCGUAGUAAGUAUUUGAGCAUGGUACAGAAUCAUUGGGACAUAAUGCAUAAUGAAUCAACAUCGCAGACCGAUGCUCUUAAAACGAAGUCGAAUCCGUUUAGAUAUAAAGAGAUAAGCGUUUCAGCAAAAUCGUUGGCAAAGGCUCAAUGCUCGAAAAUACAAGCGGAAAGUCCUUACGAAUUAUAUUUACAACAAUCGCAUAGUAAUGUGCAAGAGGUGGAGAGUUCUGGAUCGAAACAAGAGGGUUGGAUUUGCCAGUGGUGUAACGAGUUAUGUGACUCUGAGAUCAAAAUGAAGACACAUCACGGUAUGUUCCAUUCGCAUUUGCCAUUAAACUUCAGGAAAGAAGAACAGACUGAAAUGUCUCGAGGAUACGUUUGUCCUGAUUGUCCGUUCACCACAAUGUUUAUUAAUGUAAUGAAGAACCACGUGUCCAAACAUAUAAAUCUGUUUAAAUGUAAGUACUGUGACAAGUCUUUUAGCUGUCCUUCGGAAGUCUCCACGCACAACAGCGAAGAACAUUCUGAAAUGGAACUAAAAAUAGAAAGUAUUCCAAAUUAUGAGUCUUUGCUAGAGGAAAUGAUGAUUAAAGUGAAAUGGCAGAAGUUUGAGCCGAUUUCCAACAAAAACGAAGAUUCAGACCCGUUACGGUCGGAAUUACCGCGGAAAAACAAUGCAGUGGCAAAAAAAUCUACGACUAAAAGUGCAUUUCGUCAUAAUGCUAUACCAUAUAGAAUAAAGGCAGUAGCUAGAAAAUCGACUAAUCCACAUUCGAGAUAUCUUAUCAGUAACAGAAUACAAGACAAGCAGCAAGAGGCGAAAAGUAAACCGUUUUCCUAUUAUGGCACUCCCAAAAGUCCCGUUAAUUUAGCCAAGUUAAACACGUAUAUGGUAGUUGGGGGGCAUCGAAUGAAAGUAAAUUGUACCACUCUUGCGCAGUUAAUCAACAUCAAUCCGGAGAUAAUAUUAAAAGAUGUUAAGAGUGAUAUCAGAAACAUCCCAGCACUUAAAAAAUUGAAAUAACAAAUGGAAAUAUAGGAGGAAACGUAUCGUGUUCCACACUAUCGACACUGUUUAAUGUAAUGUAAUGAAUGGUAUAUAGAUAUUUAUUGCGUGACUAUUAUUGGUACCAUCAAUAGUAACCAAAGUAACUCAUGGUAUUAUACAUGCUUUUCUGUGACGUUAUACUUAAAAGAUACUAUAAUAAUGGAUGAAUUUUCAUAAAAUUCAUUGAUUUUCUCGUCGUAUUGUGAUGAGUAAUUGUAGAUAAUAUCCUUACAUUUGAUCGUUUCGUAGUUACAUAUUUUGUGCUUAUAUUCGUCAUUAGUGUAUAUUUAAAAAUUCUGAGAAAUAUGAAAAGAAUGAAUAUUUUUACUUCCUGCAAGAUUUCGUUGCUCUUUUAUAAGUUAUCUUAUUGCAAAAUUGGAAUUACAUAAAAAGAAAAGAUUUUUAUAUGUACAAGAAUUAUAUUUAAUUAUAUUCAAUGUAACAUAAAUUUGCCAUCUGGACUUUAUCGAUAUUGUACAUAGAUAUACUUUGCACAUAUAUUUCUAAGUAAACACAAUACAAAAAUUUGUGAAAUAGGGAGACAAAUCGUGCCAUGCUAUAAGCUGGUAAAAAUUAUUCUGAAAAUCAAAACGCAAAAUUUUAACAUGGAAACUGUAAAUAAAAAUGUAUUAGUAUUCAUCUAAUUGAUGAAUAUUAAAUUUAUUUAUUUUGGAAUAUGUAAAAUCUCUUAGUAUAGAUAUUUUGAUUUUUUACAAAUAAUGAUGUCGUAAUAAUGUUAUUUUUAAGUACUUACACUUAAUGUCGAGCCGUUCUGUCAUGUUUUAUUAACUCGAAACAUUUGUUAAACAAUUUUCAGGAAAUAUUACUCAUGCAUAUAUCAACUCAGGAAUAAUUAAAUAUGGUGAAAUUAAAUUUGGAUAAGGAUAAUUUUUAAAUGAUAUGAUAAGAAAUUAAUAAAGAUUUGACACGUAAGAUUUAACGUUUAUCGAUGCUGGAAAAUCGUUAUUGGUGGUAUUAAUAAUAAUAAUAGUAAUAAUAAUAAAGUAUUUACUUAUUAACUUAUUUUGAUAAAACUUAGGUCUUGCUUUAAAAAAGUAUCGGUAAAUAAGAAUUUUACGUGUUAAUAAAAUAUGUAAAGCUUUUGAUGCGCUGAAUUCUGUGCUCGAAUUUUAAAAUUAAUCAUUUAACAUCGAAUGUAAGAUGAAAAUACAAGACUGAGUGUCCUGUAAGUAGUUUAAUUUACAAGAAAAAUUGUAAAUAUCGUGAGAUUGUAAAUAUAGAACUACACAUAAAUAUUUUUGAUUUUUAUAAUAA